GGCUCCUCCCUUGGCGGGAAAAAGUCUCGGGUUUUCGCGCCAAGGGCCUUGGAGACGCUGAGCACAAGUGACUUCUCGCCCAAGGAAAGAAUCAUCGUCUCCUGUCGCCAUGGCUCUCCCCACGGCAGCCACGCUGGAUGACGCGGAGCUGCGAGAGGCUCAACGAGACUACCUGGACUUCUUGGACGACGAGGAGGAUCGAGGAAUUUACCAGAGUAAAGUCCGCAACAUGAUCAGUGACAAUCAGUACCGUCUGAUUGUGAAUAUCAAUGACCUCCGAAGAAAGAAUGAAAAAAGAGCCAGGCGUCUGCUGAACAGUGCCUUUGAAGAGAUGGUGGCAUUCCAGCGUGCCCUGAAGGACUUCGUUGCUUCUAUUGAUGCAACCUAUUCGAAGCAGUAUGAAGAUUUUUACAUUGGGCUUGAAGGCAGUUUUGGUUCCAAACAUGUGACACCUCGGACGUUGACAUCACAGUUUCUCAGCUGCAUUGUCUGUGUGGAGGGCAUUGUUACAAAAUGCUCCUUGAUACGCCCAAAGAUAGUCCGCAGUGUACAUUACUGCCCUGCUACAAAGAAAACUAUAGAGCGCCGUUAUACAGACAUGACAUCCCUGGAAGCGUUUCCUUCCACGGCUGCUUAUCCCACUAAGGAUGAAGAAAACAAUCCUCUUGAAACAGAAUUUGGCCUGUCUACCUACAAGGACCAUCAGACCAUCACAAUUCAAGAGAUGCCAGAAAAAGCACCAGCUGGACAGCUCCCUCGCUCCGUAGACAUCAUUUUAGAUGAUGACUUGGUGGACAUGGUGAAGCCAGGGGAUCGAGUGCAGGUCAUUGGGACGUUUCGCUGCCUCCCUGGGAAGAAAGGGGGGUACACUUCAGGAACAUUUAGGACUAUUUUGAUUGCUUGCCAGGUGAAGCAAAUGAACAAGGAAGUUCAGCCUGAAUUUUCUUCCAGUGAUAUUAACAAAAUUAAGAAAUUCAGCAGAAGCCACCCAAAGGAUGUGUUCGACCAGCUCUCCAGGUCUCUGGCUCCCAGUAUCCAUGGGCAUGAAUAUAUCAAGAAGGCCAUUCUGUGCAUGCUUCUGGGAGGUGUGGAGAAAGUGCUGGAAAACAGAAGCCGUCUCAGAGGAGACAUUAACAUCCUGCUCAUUGGUGAUCCUUCUGUGGCAAAGUCUCAGUUGCUCCGUUACGUAUUGUGUACAGCUCCCCGGGCCAUCCCAACGACAGGCAGGGGCUCUUCCGGGGUUGGUCUGACUGCUGCAGUCACCACAGAUCAAGAAACUGGGGAACGCUGUCUCGAGGCAGGUGCCAUGGUUCUGGCUGAUCGGGGUGUGGUUUGCAUUGACGAAUUUGAUAAAAUGUCUGAUAUUGACCGUACAGCUAUCCAUGAGGUUAUGGAGCAAGGCCGUGUUACCAUUGCCAAAGCAGGCAUUCAGGCUCAGCUCAACGCACGCUGCAGCGUCCUGGCAGCUGCCAAUCCAGUGUAUGGCAGAUAUGAUCAGUACAAAACUCCCAUGGAGAAUAUUGGCCUUCAAGACUCUUUACUGUCUCGCUUUGACUUGCUUUUCAUCGUUUUGGAUCAAAUGGAUCCAGAACGAGAUAGAGAGAUCUCAGACCAUGUCUUGCGAAUGCAUCGUUUCAGGGCGGCUGAUGAACAGGAUGGGGAUGCCAUGCCGCUAGGAAGCACAGUAGACCUUUUGGCUACUGACGAUCCUGCUUUUGCUGUAGAGGAGGACCAGGAGGUACAAGUGUAUGAGAAACAUGAUGACCUGCUGCACGGGCCUAAGAGGCGGAAAGAGAAAAUAGUAAGCGUGGCAUUCAUGAGGAAAUAUAUACAUUUCGCCAAGAUGCUCAAGCCCGUCUUGACUGAGGAAGCCGCUGCCUUCAUAGCACAGGAAUAUUCUUCUCUUCGCAGUCAGGACCAGAUCAGCUCAGAUAUUGCCAGGACUUCUCCUAUUACAGCCCGUACAUUGGAGACUUUGAUUCGACUCUCAACUGCACAUGCUAAAGCAAGAAUGAGUAAAACAGUUGGCAAACAAGAUGCUGAAGCUGCUUUAGAGCUCGUUCAGUUUGCCUACUUUAGAAAGGUUUUGGAAAAAGAAAAAAAACGUAGAAAGCAGGCUGACGAGGAUACAGACCAGGAAACUAACGAGGAAGUUGCAGAUGAAAAUGAAAGACAACAAAAAAAGAGAAGAAAGACACUUUCUAGUGACCAGGACACCAUGGAAGAGGAAACCUAUGAUCCUUACGACUUUAAGGCCACUGAAAAAGAAAUGCCAGAAGUCCAAGCCCAUACUCCAAAGACUUCUGAACCCACAGAUGCUGCGGAGAUGAAAUCAAAGCUGUCUGAAUCGAGGCUUAAAGCAUUCAAGAGUGCUCUUCUGGGGGCGUUCAGAGCGGCCCAUGCACAGUCCGUGAGUCUGAAGAGUCUGAUGAAAUCCAUCAAUGAAGAUAACCCAAGUCCUUUUUCUCCUGAAGAAGUCAAUAUAGCCUUGGAAAAGAUGCAAGACGACAAUCAGAUCAUGAUGUCAGAUGACAUAAUUUUCCUGAUUUGAACUGACGCCUAGGCAGAAGUAGGAGUUUCUUUUCACUGCUUUAAUAUGGCGACUUUUGUCAGCACCUCCUUGGCUUGAUUGACCUGAGGAUUCGUGAUCAGGAGAAUCUAUGCUAUGAAACUGGUUUUUGUUGUUUUUUACUUCUUUGUUGAAUACAAGGGGAAGAUAGGAAAAGUAAAUGUUUCCUUCUUUCAAAUUGAAAGGAAGCCAUCUACUUCAAGUUAGGUAGAAGGACACACUGGAAGAAAGAAAAACACAGAUCCUCUACAGUUCAGUGUCUUCACAAUAGAGGUUGAUGUAUGGUAGAGUCUUUCUCCUUUCUGCUGCCCUGUGUGAAUUAAAGCCUAAGUCACGUAUCUUUAAUUUCAGUCAUCAGCUUUAUGAAUUAAUGUUAUUGCAGCAUAUUAAAAUGUAUUUACAAACAAAAAUGGCACUGCUCUGAUUAGGAACUGCAAACGGUAUGCCUGUAUCUCUUUCCAUUGCCACCAACAUUGUCAUUUGAAUCAUGGAAAGAAUCAUUUUGAAUCACCAACUUCUUCCUGGAAUAUUUUUGGUUACUGUGGUAAACUGGUUCAAAGCACUGAAAUUGGGCCUAGUUUUGCAUUAUGUGAGAGUUGUUUCUAUAUUUGCAUUUGCAUCCCCCUCUCCCCCUCCUGACAUUAUGGUAACUGUUGAAUUACGAAAGCAGGGUUGUAUUCUGCCUUGGGCCCUUACUUCAUUGUAUUCCAAUCUGCAAAAGCAUUCAAUUCCAUUUUAAAUAUAAAUAUUGCAAUAAAGAUUUAAUACUGUAUAGCAGAACUCAAUACAGCGUAAAGUUAAAUAUGAUUUAAACAGAAUUUCUCACAAUUAUACACCCAGAUUCACCAAUGAAUUGUGUUGAUAAUGUAUCAAAGUGUAUGUGUGUUUAUAUCUUGCCCUUCUCCCAACACAGGACUGAAGGUUUAAUUCUUUAUACAUUGUAGAAUAAAGGAAAAUGCAGCUAAAUCCUAAUAAUAAAAAAGUUUCAAAGCA